AUGCAUUUAUUGGCUAUUGAAUUUGCACAUCUAGUGUGUGUCCUUUUUUGGAUACAAUACAUCCUUCUUUCCAGGCAGGGAAGGUGGAGAGCUACUACCCAAUCUAGAAAUUUCUUAAGUCUAUCAAGCGACACCGAUGGUGAAAAGCAAGAUGCAAUAAAUUUAUUUUUGGGUUAUUUUAAACCACAGGAAGGGAAACCUGCUCUAUGGGAAUUGGAUUCUGAUUAUUAUCUUCACGUUUCUGGGAUUGGUGAUGACCUAUUCCCUGAUAAAUGUGAAAUACAGUUGAAGAGUCCCAAUUGGCUCUUCGGCCAGAGAAAGCUUGAAGGAAGUGUGUCUGCUCCCAAUGUUACAUCACAUGAAAUUGUAAAUCGGGAAGUUCAUAAUGAAAUAAGAGCCGACACUUUCUGUGACUUGAAUUGGCUUUCUUCGGUUGAUGACAUAAAUGACGAAGGUGUCUUCCAGAGGUAUCUCACAAUGAUCUUUGCUGAUGAAGCCAAUGGUUGGUAUGGUGGAACACUGCUCGGUGAUCAAGAUGAAGGCAGUGAGAUAUAUAAACAUUAUACUGAACUAUGCCAGGGCCCAGCGAUGGAACCCUUCCAAAAUGAUCAUCAGAGGGAGAUGCACUAUUCUCAUGUUGUAGAAAUGAAUAGACUUGACAAAGAUGUUGUCGAAGCAGAGAUGGAAGCAGUCCUCAGGGAGUGGGAUCAAAUUGGUGCUGAUCUUCGGAUCAUCCCGACAUCAUGUAAAUUGUUUGCUGAAGAUCCGAGUAGGUUGUCAAGAUGGAUCAUUGGGGAGGAGAAGUUGCAGAAAGUGUGAAACCAGUUUGCAGCUGUGUUUCCUGGCACUGUAUAUAUAAUGCAUAAGUCAUUGAGGGAGUACUUUUUGCUAAUUGAUUCUGCGUCUUCCACAAGUGAAAUGCUAUUCAUGUGCCAUUUUGGUCAUGAUGAUAUUGGGACUGUGAUGGAGGUGAUUACUGCAUAUUUUAUUCUGUCGAUUUCUGGUGACAAAUCAUUUGAAUGUUUCGUCAACAGUUUAUUUUGGCAGCCUGGCAAAGAUUUUAGGACUCCCGAGAUGAGCCUGAUUGUAUCUUUAUCGUUGCUUCUUAACCCUAUCAUGCAUUCUGCACCUAAAAUGUUUCAGCCAUAUUUGAUUUUAUUGUUCUCUGAAGCAAUUGGUGUUUGCAUACGUUCUGAGUAUUUAAAUCCAGAUCUUGCAAUCAUGGAUUGCUACCUAACAGCAUUGGAGAGGUCCAUUAUCUUGUACAAAAGCCACUUUUCCAACUUGCAUAUGGAUGACCUUCCUAUAGGUAGUAACAGUUAAAGUGUCAAAUCGUGUAUGUUUGGAAGUAGUCAACUGGCUUUUGAAUCUUAUCUUCAGCCAGCUACAAAGGACAAAAUUGAUCAUCUAGUUACAAAGCUUAACGAAUCUUUGGAUUGUUACGUAAACAAUACAGCUCAUAGAACAAAAUCCGACCUGAUGGAUGCCUCUAUUGCAUAUAUAAGGGAGAGCCUAAAUGCUUUUGAUAAAUCAUACAAAGAUAAAAUGUUGUCAAUAUUAACUUCCAUUGUACAUAGAUGCUCUUCUGAUAAUAUGCGUGAUCCUUUGUGGUGUAUUGAGGUCAAAAGUCCCCAAGAUAUAUGUCUCCUGGCUUCUAUAUUGAAGUUAAUGAGUAGUUCGAUGUUGCAAGCAAUUUGGUGCUUGAGGCACAUCAGCAAUUCAGGUUGUCUGAAAACUUUGCAGGAUGUUCUGUCAUAGGGAGAUUUAGAUGCUCUGUCACCAUUAUUUGCUUCUGGAUCGGAAUUUAUUUCAUCAAGAUCUUCUGAUAAAGUUGGAGAAGCAUUGCUGGAGCAGAAGUCAUGCAAAACAAUUGCAUCAAAAUUUCAAAACAUGCAGACAACGUUCUUCAG